AUUUCCAGACAGGUUCAACCCCAACAUCCUGUUAUAUCCCCACACCAAACUUAAUAUAUUCCCCCACAACGUAUAUACAAUCAUUACCACCAUUAUCACCAACCACCAAGCACCAUUCACCAAUACAAAUAUAUACAAAAAUCAAAUAUUUGCACAUAUUAACAUCAUCUAUAUACUCAUCAACAAAAUAGAAAGGUCAUCAAAAAAAUAUUAGUAUCAUCUACAACACAACUAGUAAAAUGGAGUAUUUCAACAAAUCAAAGGCUGUGAAACUACGCAGCCACCUAGGGAAGUACCUAGUAGCAGAUGAAGACAACAACAACAUCCGUCAGAGCAGAAAUGGAACAACCAAAAAAUCACUAUGGUUUAUCGAACCGGUCGAAACAAAACCUCACCAUAUACGCCUCAGGAGCCACCAUGGCCGUUACCUAACCGCGACGGACACGCCAUUUCUCCUCGGCAUGACCGGAAACAAAGUUGUCCAAGCCGAUUACGACGCGGGUUUGGGCUGGAAAUAUGAAUGGGAACCAAUAAAAGAAGGGUUCAACGUGAAACUGAGGAGUUGGUGUGGAAAAUAUUUGAGAGGUAAUGGUGGAACACCACCAUGGAGAAAUUCUAUUACACAUGAUGAUCCUACCUCUGCUACACAUAAUUGGAUUCUUUGGGGUGUAGAGUUUGUGGAGUUAUCAUUGGCUAAUCAGGAGAAUGUUGAAUUGUUGAAUCAAAUUAGUUUUGCUUCUAUUUCUUCAUUUGAUUCUCGUGAUGAGGUUAAUGAUUCUGAAUUGGUUUCUUCUAUGAAGUCUCGGUCUUCCUUGAAGAGUCGUAAGAAUUCAAUGUUGCAGAAAACUUCCACCAACAACAACAACAACAGCUUCACCAUCUCAUCAAUGGAGCUUUUCCAACGAGCAAAAGCAGUUCGACUAAGAAGCCACCACGACAAAUACCUCCACGCAGAAGAAGACGAAGAAUCAACAAACCAAGACAGAAACGGAUCAUCAAAAAACGCUAAAUGGACAGUUGAACACAUCCCUGAAUACGACAACAUCAUCCGUCUCAAAAGCUGUUACAACAAAUACUUAACAGCAUCAAAUCAGCCUUUACUUCUCGGCGUAACGGGUCGAAAAGUGAUUCAAACACUGCCAAGGAGACUCGAUUCGUCUGUUGAAUGGGAACCGGUUAGAGAAGGUGCGCAGGUUAAGCUGAAAACGAGAUAUGGGAAUUUUCUUAGAGCUAAUGGUGGGUUACCACCUUGGAGAAAUUCAGUUACGCAUGAUAUUCCUCAUAGAAGUGCUACUCAGGAUUGGAUUCUUUGGGAUGUUGAUGUUCUUGAGAUUCAUGUUGGAAAUCCACCUCCUCCUCCGAUUCCUCAUUCGGAUUCUCUUGAUUUUGGAUCUUCUACUCCUUCUGCUCUUUCCUUCAAAUCUGAUCGCUUCUCUAGACAAGAGUCAACAGAUAGCGUUGGUUCGCCGCCAAAGAUGGAGGGGAGAACUAUAUACUACCAUGUUGCUGAGGAUAAUGGAGAUGUGGAUGAUGAGAAUGUGCAGGGCUAUUCCUUGGUGUUCAAUGGGAAUGACGUCGAGCAGCUGACUCGUAAGUUCGUGGAAGAGACAGGACUUGACGGAGUUAUUGUGUGUAGUCGAAGUCCUUUGAAUGGAAAACUUUACCCUCUUCGUUUGCAUCUUCCUCCAAACAAUGUUACCAUGCAGGUUGUUUUGGUCCUUCCUAACUCAAAAGUUGCAAAAGAAUUUGAAGAACAAGGUUUACUGUGACAGACUUGAUUUAUGAAGUCUUGAGUGUAUUAAACUGCAAGGCCAAUGUAACAUUGUGACCCAAGUCAAGUGGGUUUCAAAUUCUAUUUUAUCACAUUUAUGCAAAACUCAACCUUGUUGUUUUAUAAACUUUUUUUGUUAUUGUAAUUUUCUGCCAUUCAUUGUAUUCUUUAGAUUUAUCUCUUGUAUAAAGAUCUUCUAUCAGAAAGUUACAGUCAUGUAUUUUUUUUUCAGGCAGAUAUAAAUGUCAGAAAUUAGAAGCAUUCUUUAA